AUGGAUUCAUCACCCCAACUACCUGACCCAGCACUUUUUGAUGAUUGGGAAGAACAGGUCAAUACAAUAAUAAUACCCUCAAGCACAAACUCGGACGAUUUCGAAGCCUUGCAUCUAAUCCACGAGGAAUCGAUUGCUCGGAAGAACAAGGCCGGGGAAGUGAUACAACAUAGAAGGUGGGCAUUGGCAGAAACUUUUCGAAGUGAAGCGGAUUAUAUCGACGAAACCCCGUUACGAUCGAAAUCAACCCAGAACCUCCUCGCCCCUCCUUCCUCACCUCCAAAUCUCGAGAUGCUCUCCGCUUCUUCACCAGUAUCGUACCCUCCAAAUUCCUCUCCGCCAGUCCCGAAACGAGCGCGUCCGCAGCCAAAGGACCUCGGCAGGACAAAGAAAGUGGGCGGCUUUUUGAUCGAGGAAGAAUCAGAUGAAGAUGACGAGUUCGCGCGCGCGGAGCCUGCUCCGAAGCGAAGAAUGUUGGAUGGCUCAAGAUCCCCUGCCCCAGGAGCAGUUCAAAAACUAGCCGGAGAAGAACCCAUACAUGAAAGGCCGGCCAGUGGAAAUUCUACACCAAUAGUUGUCCAAGAUGGCGAGCCGUCCGUUUCGCAGGCAAACGAAGGACAGAAUUCUACCAAUCUGUUUGCAGGCCCUGUCGAAGAGCCUGAAGCGGCAGUCGAGAUUUCUGCAAUACCAUCAUUCCUCAGCAGAAUCGCACCAAAACGUGCAGAUAUAGUGACCUGUUCGGGGCAGUCUGUGACUGUGCAACCAAGACGGAAAGCUGCCCCUAUUUCAUUCGAACGGCUGGUAGCAGCAAGAUCUACAACCAAAGCUGGACGUGCAAAGAAAAGCUAUUAUGGCAUCGACAUUCAUAAUUUGAUUAGUGAAGCCGCCAAACAGACCGAAAAGGAUAAGUCAAGGAAAGCAGAAGUUUCAGGGGAGGUUUUGCCUUCGGUCGAAAAUCUCGCAACCAAAUCCAAACCACCUCGAAGGACUCUGAUGUGGACGGAGAAAUACCGAGCAAGGCACUUUAUGGAGCUUGUAGGAGACGAUCGAACACAUCGCCAAGUCCUGAGAUGGCUAAAGGCAUGGGAUCCUCUUGUUUUCCCAAAGGCUGGCAAGGCAAAAGUCGUGGCUCCUAAACGUCCUGGGGCUGAAGUUGAUGAGGAAAAGGCCCACAAAAAGAUCCUGCUCCUGACUGGGCCUCCUGGUCUUGGAAAGACUACAUUGGCACAUGUAUGUGCAAGACAAGCUGGUUACGAGAUUAUGGAGAUCAACGCCAGCGAUGAGAGGAGCCGAGACGUAGUAAAAGGGAGGAUAAGAACUAGCGUUGGCACCGAGAGUGUCAAAACUGGCUCUACCGUGACGUCGAAGACAGGGCAUGUUCAAAAGGUUGCCCAUCCCCUUUGCGUCGUGGUUGAUGAAGUGGACGGUGUGGUUGGAGGGGCUGGAGGUUCUGGAGAAGGCGGAUUCGUCAAGGCAUUGAUCGAUCUUAUUCAGUUGGACCAGAAGAACUCCUCGGCUUUGCCUAAUUUAGGAUACGCUCGAAAGAAGAAGAAAGGUGAUGAUUUCAGACUGAUGCGGCCACUGAUCCUAAUUUGCAACGAUGUCUAUCAUCCGUCUUUGAAACCUCUACGUCACUCGAACUUGGCUGAAAUCAUUCAUGUCCGAAAACCUCCUUUGGAUGCUGUUGUAGCUCGCAUGAAGUCCGUGUUUGAGAAAGAGGGGGUUUCCUGCGACAAUGAUGCGGUACGGAGACUAUGUGAAGCAACUUGGGGGGUAAGUCCAACAGAAUCUCGAAAAGGGCGAGAGGGUACUGGAGAAGGCGACUUAAGGGGGAUUAUGGUUGUUGGAGAGUGGGCAGCAGGAAAGCUAAAGGCAUCAACCAAGGACGGCAAAGCACGAUUAACGAGGAAAUGGGUUGAGCAAAACAUGACUAACGAUUUGUCACACGGUGGAGGUGGAGCACGAGGAGUUGGACGGGGCGGGACAAAAGAUGUUGUCAACAGAGUAUUCCUCGAGGGUGCUGGCUUUCCUAAGACAAUGGCUAUGAAUGCAGCUCCCACUCUGUCCGACGACCAGCCGAAAACACAGCUUGGCGUCGCAGAGCUAGCGAAGAGGGCUGGUAUGGAUCGGCUGAGGGAGAUGGUAGAUACAAGCGGUGAGAUUGACCGCAUUGUUACCGAAAUCUUCGCCCAGUAUCCAAGUCAGCCUUUCAACGAUGACUCGAUACUAUCCAAACCCGAUGCAGCUUAUGAGUGGCUGCAUUUCCACGACACAUGCUCCCAUCGAGUGUAUGCGGAUCAAGCAUUUGAAUUGCUUCCAUACCUCAGUCAGCCGGUCCUAGCCUGUCAUCACCUUUUCUCGUCUCCCGCGAGGCAUUAUUUUGGUGCCACAAACGACAAGAAAUGGGGAGAGGAAGAAGAGGAUGAAGAAGUUCUUCCCUUCUCUGGACCAAGAGCCGACUACGAGGCCUUUGAGGCAGAGAAGUCAAACCGAGCCAUUGUCCUCGCUCUGCAAGCUAGCCUCAAUGCUCCGCUUUUGAGGAGCUUCAGAAGUCCAGAAGAUAUUGCCACUGAUCUCCUGCCCUAUCUCGUCCGGAUGCUGACUCCAGAGAUCAAACCCAUUAUUGUGGGUGGGAGUGGGGAUCAGAAAGGGAUUGCAAGUGUACGAAAAGAGUCGGAGAAAGCAAUGGUCAGGCGGGCUGUGGAUACUAUGGGUGGCGUGGGAGUGAUCUUCGAGCGUGGCAAGCUGGAAGGCGACUUCACCAACAGAGCGACCCAAUGGGUCUAUCGAAUGGAGCCGCCUCUGGAUGCAUUGAUCACAUUCGAAACAGCCCCAGUUCUUGCCAGUGCACCAGCCCCAGUCCGUUACGCCGUCCGCCAAGUUCUCGACCAAGAAUAUCAAAAGAACAUAAUCGUCCGCGAAAAUGCGUUCCGGCAAGCUAGAUAUCGGGCCGGAAAUCCCAACGACGAUGUCGAUUUUUCAUUUCCAGAAAAUAAGAAGGAGAAUAAGGAUCGUCACCUCGAGGAGCGGAUUCUGGGCCCGACGAAAGACUUCUUCGGGAGGAUAGUCAAGGAAGAUGCGAUGCCACUGCAAGAGAUUGACGGAAAUGCGGAGUCUGAAAGGAAGACGAAGAAGGGGCAGACGGGAAAGAGCGACAACAAAGUUUGGGUAAGUUAUCAUGAGGGAUUCUCGAAUGCUGUCAGGAAACCGAUUACGAUUGAUGAGCUACUCCGGGGUCUAUAA